AUGACGCUCUACUACAGCCUGGUCUUCCUGCUCCUGGUGACAGAGAUGCUCAUCUUCUGCGCCCUUAUCGUCCCUCUUCCCUUCACAUGGCGCCGCAAGCUCUUCACCUUCAUCUCGGAGAGCCCCAUAAUAGCAAAACUGCAAUAUGGCAUGAAGAUUACCUUCAUCUUCAUCCUGAUUCUGUUCAUCGACAGCGUCAACCGCGUCUACCGCGUGCAGAUUGAGCUUUCUGGCUCAGACGACCAGGGCCGCGGAGGAAGCGUCGCCGCUGGAGGCAUCGAGCGUAUGGAGGUCCAGGCUCGCAAGUUCUACUCGCAGCGCAACAUGUACCUUUGCGGCUUCACCCUCUUCCUGUCGCUCAUCCUCAACCGCACCUACGUCAUGAUCCUCGAUGUUCUCCGUCUCGAGGAGGAGGUCAAGAGCCUGAAGGGCGACCCCAGCACCAAGAAGGGCUCUUCCCUGAAGGAUGUUGGCGGUGCCGGCGAGGUUGGAGCUCUCAAGAAGGAGCUUGAAGCCAAAGACCGCGACAUGGCGAACCUGAAGAAGCAGGUCGAGAACAUGCAGAAGGAAUACAACCGCAUGGGCGACCAGGUCUCUGGCAAGCAGUAG